CGUCUGCUGUUCAGAAGUAACUGCGUUCAGUCCACAGUGGCGUUUUAGGUCUAUAAGAAGAAUAUUUGAGAAGGACUUAGGAGAAAAAACAUAUGAAACGCUGAGCUGCUUGUGCUUGCAAUCAUGGUGACCGAAGUAGAACACGCUCUCCCUUAUGAUCAGGUGUUCGCUUACAUAUUUUCUCACACAUUGCUGUUUGUUGCUGCCACCGUCUUUGUUGUUUGGUACAUCAGAGAUUCUUUGAAGGUUGACGACUUCGAUCAAAAGCAUGUGUUUGUCACUGGUUGCGAUAGCGGGUUCGGAAACCUUGUGGCCAAGCAACUUGAUCGACAGGGCUUUCACGUAAUAGCAGCAUGUCUCACGGAAAGAGGUUCGUCUGACUUGAAAACUGCAGCCUCCCACCGGCUGAAGACAGUUCUGCUCAAUGUUACCGACAGCGCGAGCAUUGAAAGGGCGGUGGAGAUGGUGCGGCGCGAAACUGGGGAGCGAGGUCUUUAUGGGCUGAUAAAUAAUGCUGGGAGGUCCAUCCCUAUUGGACCCACAGAAUGGAUGCAGCUAGAGGACUUCCGGAAGGUUCUGGAUGUGAACUUAAUGGGUGUAAUCGAGGUGACCCUCAAAUUCCUGCCCCUGCUGAAAAAGGCAAAGGGCAGGGUGGUUAAUGUGGCCAGCAUCCUAGGCAGGCUGUCUCUGGUUGGUGGAGGGUACUGUCUGUCCAAGUAUGGAGUGGAGUCUUUCUCAGAUAGCCUCAGGAGGGAAAUGAAACAUUUCGGUAUCAAGGUUAGCAUCAUCGAGCCAGGAUUUUUCAAGACAGCCGUGACACGUCUGGAUUUGAUUGAUGCCGACUUGCAAAGGCUGUGGGACCGCCUUCCCUCUGACAUCAGAGACUCGUACGGACCCCAAUACCUGGAGAAGUACUUAAAAGCUCAGAGUUUCUCCAUGAACAUAUUGUGCAGCUCUGACAUCUCCAAAGUGACUAGUUGCAUGCAACACGCCCUGAUGGCCAAGCACCCGCGGACUCGCUACGCUGCAGGAUGGGAUGCCAAGCUCUUCUGGAUACCCCUCUCCUACCUCCCUGCGUUUGUAGCGGAUUUUAUCAACGAUAUUCUUCUACCUGCUCCCAAGCAGUGUUGAAUGUAGUAGGUGGAAGUGAUGUGUAGUGUAGUGUAGAAUGAAAGGGGUAAAUGUAGUAAGUGGAAGUGAUGUCAUCUUUAUUAAAAAAUGAUGUAAAAAAUACCCCUGAAGUCGAAGUGAUUUUCACUUUAUGAUUUUAGUAUCAGCAUUUGCAAUCAGCAUUGAGGAAUGAUAAUUUGACAAAUUAAUAUUUAGACCUCUUUUUUUACAAUGUUCCAAAACAGUAUUCCAAAAAGAUUUUAAAUACAGUAUGUGCAAGAAACAAGAACUAAUUGUUAUAUACCAUAAGUGUAAGUGUGGGGAAAUUAAUUAUUGUUUGUUGAAUGCAUUGUGCUAAUGUCAGAAGAAUCCUUGUUAUCAGAAAGGCGUUGUGCUUCUGUAUGUCAACCCAGUCAUGUAUAUAACCUUUGUGUCAAAUAAUAAUGCAACUUUUACAAAACAAAA